GUCAACUGCUCAGUCUUCAGACUGCUAUGUGUGCCCGUCUUGUUUGACGGCGGACCACAAUCUCGUGGGCCAUGCGCAGUGAUUGCCAACAUGUGAGGUUUGCUGCAAUCGACAUUUUCUUUCCAUUCUGCCGCUUCCUGGCACUACUAUGGCUGACCUCGACCCUGACUUGUACUUUGGGAGUGGCUGCUCAGUCUUCCGCUCAGAUCAAGGCCCUCAGGAAAGAGACUGAGGAUCUCUUCUAUCAUGGCUUCGAGAAUUAUAUGACCCAUGCUUUCCCCGAGGAUGAACUGCGACCCAUCACCUGCCGUCCUCUGACACGCGACCGGGAGAAUCCUGCCCAUAUCGAAGUCAACGACCCGCUUGGGAAUUACUCUCUGACGCUGAUCGAUAGCCUGUCCACCUUGGCCAUUCUCGCCUCGACGCCCUCCAAUCCCAGAAAUAAUAAGCCACUGCGACUAUUCCAGGAUGGUAUCAAGGCUUUGGUGGAACAGUACGGCGAUGGAUCAGAGGGCCCGUUAGGUCAAGGCAAAAGAGCUAGGGGUUUCGAUUUAGACAGCAAGGUUCAAGUCUUUGAGACUGCCAUUCGUGGUCUGGGAGGACUGUUGAGCGCCCACCUCUUCGCUGUUGGCGAUCUUCCAAUUCGGGGAUACUUGCCUAUCGAAACCGAGCAGACUGGCGAACGACCGUCUCAAACUAUUCCAGUUGCCGGUGAGACCAAAGCAAUUCUUUGGCCUAAUGGCUUUGAAUACAAUGGUCAACUGUUGAGAUUGGCACAUGACCUAGGCAAACGUCUGCUUCCCGCAUUUUGGUCGACCACUGGCAUCCCAUAUCCGAGAGUGAACUUGCGGCACGGCAUUCCGUUCUAUGCCAACUCCCCCCUCAAUGCGGCUAAAGGAGAUGCCCAAUGCGACGCAAAUCAGAAAUCCCCUGAGAUUACCGAAACCUGCAGCGCUGGCGCUGGAAGUCUCGUCCUAGAAUUCACCACCUUGGGCAGGCUAACUGGAGAUCCACGUUUCGAACAACUUGCCAAACGAGCAUUUUGGGCCAUUUGGCACAGGCGGAGUGCCAUCGACUUGAUUGGCUCCGGAAUCGAUGCCGAAUCAGGUGCUUGGGUGUCGAGCUGGACAGGUAUCGGUGCUGGCAUCGACAGCUUUUUCGAAUACGCUCUCAAGUCACAUGUCCUCCUUUCCAGAGAUAACCAUCCAAACUAUGAUGCCCUAGACCCUCUCGAUGACCCAGAGAGCCUCUUUGAACCGAUGACGCCUGAAUCCCACACUUCUCAUGCAUUUCUGGAAGCCUGGAAUGUCGCUCAUGCAGCCAUCAAGAGACAUCUCUACCGUGGACCAAAUUACCAGCAUCCACACUACAUCCAAGCGGAUCUUGUCACAGGCGCUGCGAGGGGUUUUUGGGUCGAUGCCUUAAGUGCAUACUACCCUGGCCUACUUGUCCUUGGUGGCCAUGUGAACGAGGCCAUCGAAACACACCUGCUGCAGACAGCCCUAUGGACCAGAUUUUCAGCCCUUCCUGAACGCUGGAAUCUAUUCACCGGGGGAAUUGAGGGCGGGUUAGGCUGGUGGGUGGGGAGACCCGAGUUCAUCGAAUCGACCUAUCAUCUCUAUCGAGCCACAGAAGAUCCUUGGUACUUCCAUGUCGGUGAAAUGGUGCUCCGUGAUAUCAAGAGGAGAUGUUGGGCAAAGUGUGGUUGGGCAAGUAUUCAGGACGUCCUCACAGGCGAGAAAACAGACCGAAUGGAGAGCUUCUUUCUCGGUGAAACUGCCAAAUACCUAUUCCUCCUUUUCGACCCGACCCAUCCUCUGAAUCAUCUCGAUGAGCCCUAUGUAUUCACAACGGAAGGCCAUCCUUUGCUCAUUCCAAGGCAUGUGGGCGAAACCACCCACCAGGGAACGCCUCAGAUAGACUCGGCUCUCCACCAGCAAACCUGUCCUGUCAAGCCUGCAGCGAUGCCAUUCAGUAUUUCCAACACCGCAGCUCGCGGAGAUCUCUACCAUGCUGCCAACUUGGCUCGACUCCAUCUGAUGCCAACUCGAGAUGAUGUUGAGUCAGUCUUGGGAGAGUAUGCAGCAGACCACCCCAGCAUCACACUGUCAGACAUCAGCUCUCCAUCAAAUUACACAUAUUACCCUUGGACAUUACCGCUAGAACUCGUUCCAUUCAAUGCAACGAGCUCGCUGAUCCCCACAAAGCCCACCUUGGACAUCACUUUCCCCGCCGUGCUGAAUUCAGGCAACCCGACACCACCGCUACAACGAGUCAAGGAUGGUAUUCUCAUCAACUUCCUCGGAGGCCUCCGUUUAGGAAUGGUCCAGGAUCUCCCAAUCGCCUUCGAAGAGGGGAUCAUCGACACAUUCCGAGUGCAGAAUAUCAAUGGCAUCGCGUUAGGCAGGGACGAAAAAGUCUUCUUAGCUCGUGACACAGGAAAAGAUAGCUUGAGUUUAACGGACCCCAACUUCUCACGGAUCCGCGACGCAACUGUUCUGGACAUCGUCGUCGAUCUCAACCGUCCAAUCGAGGACGAGAUCGAAGAGACAAAUGAAACAGAAGAAUCAAUGAUUCUCGACCUUUCUGCAUUGGACAGCUCUUCAGAAGGCUCAGUCCGCGCAGCAUGGAACAACAUCAUCUCCCAGUUAUCAAGUCUUCUCAAAGACCAUCCACAACCAUCCUGGCCAUUCUCGAGUGGUCUAUCCUUCAAUCCACAAUCAACAUCUUCCCCUCCCAACACCGGCCCACCACGCUACCAUCUAACUGCUAGCACGCCAACCGGAGCCGGUGCAGCUCCACUACCAGACUGGCCUGAAGUCUCGACAUUAGCACCGAUUGGAGCUCAACCUGCCACUCUGCAAUGGACCAAGAUCUACGCGACCGACCAACUAUGUGACCACCGACUACCCCUGGCAGUGGCGCGAAACACACAGGUCCUUGUCAUACAGCGCGGCGGAUGUAGUUUCAGCCAAAAACUCGCCAAUAUCCCUGCCUUUUCGCCGUCGUCUCAAUCGUUGCAGUUGGUCAUCUUCGUCUCUUACGGAGAGGGCGAAAACGGCCCUGACGUCGACGAUGAAAACGCUUUGAUCCGUCCGUAUCUGGAUACUCCCCAGUUUACGCCUGCAGGUCUGCCGAGACAUAAUCCAAUCCCUGCUGUGAUGGUGGCUGGAGGUCGUAAAGUCUACGAGGCUCUGGCAAAUCGUGCCAUUGCCAUCGGUGUCAAGCGUAGAUAUCACGUUGAGACGCGAGGUACUAGGAUUGGGAAUCUUCAUAUUGUGUAGAUUUGUAUCAUUUGAACUGGAAAAAGGAUAUUUUAACAUAGAUUCGUAGACUUGAGGUUCUGAGGACGCAGAGUCCUGUCUUCAGUCUUGACCAUGAACAUUAGAAAAAGGAUCCAACUCCAAAGAUAGUUGGAAAACUCAUCACGCCUA